UCUAAUUUUGCGCGCAAAAUUACCUUUAUUUUUUCUUUUGUUUUUUUUUUUCCUUCCCUUACAAAAUUUUCAGACCUGCCUCGUAUUAGUUAUAGUUUAUCUCUCGCUCAGUUCUAGAAAUGCAUGGUCACAUCGUCGCUUGAUUAAAAAUCUAACUUGGUUUGGAUGGUUUGUUGUUCUUUUCUUGCUAAAUAUGGGGUUUCAUCUUUUCUCGAAGGAGCUUUAGUACCCCCCGCCCGCCCCCCAUGAGUUGAGGGAACAGUUCAGAAGAAAUGCUUACGACAUUGAAAAUGGCUUCCAUGCUCUCUUUAACUCCAUGUAACCCUCAAGUUGCGAGAAGAAUUGAUAGCGAGAAAUGUGUUGGCUUGAAGACUCGAAAACUUGCUGUUAUUAGAGCAAGCAGAGAGCAGGAGACAAGUGUUGAGAGCAAAGGCUUGAGCAUUGAGGAAUGUGAAGCCAAUGCUGUGGCUGGAAAUUUCCCUGAUCCUCCACUUCUUACUAAGCCAGCAGGCCCAAAAGGAACUCCAGUCGUGAAGCCACUUGUGCUUACUAGACGUCCUCGUCGAAAUCGAAAGUCUUCUACACUGAGGUCUACUUUCCAGGAAACCACUAUAUCAGCUGCAAAUUUUGUUCUUCCUUUAUUUAUUCAUGAAGGUGAAGAGGAUUUCCCAAUUGGAGCUAUGCCAGGUUGCUUCAGAUUGGGAUGGAGACAUGGUCUUCUUGACGAGGUCUACAAGGCCAAAGAUGUUGGUGUCAAGAGCUUCGUUCUUUUUCCCAAGAUCCCUGAUGCAUUGAAGUCUCCAACAGGAGAUGAAGCAUUCAACGACAAUGGUCUAGUCCCUAGAGCAAUACGCCUACUAAAGGACAAAUUUCCUGACAUUGUGAUUUAUACUGAUGUAGCUUUGGAUCCAUAUUCUUCUGAUGGGCAUGAUGGUAUUGUGAGGGAGGAUGGUGUCAUCAUGAAUGAUGAAACUGUUCAUCAGUUGUGUAAACAAGCAGUUUCUCAAGCCCGGGCUGGUGCUGACAUAGUUAGCCCCAGUGAUAUGAUGGAUGGGCGCAUUGGAGCAAUUCGAGCUGCUCUCGAUGCUGAAGGCUUUCAGGAUGUCUCCAUUAUGUCUUACACUGCAAAGUAUGCCAGUUCUUUUUAUGGCCCUUUUCGUGAAGCUUUAGAUUCAAAUCCAAGAUUUGGUGAUAAGAAAACUUAUCAGAUGGACCCAGCUAACUAUCGAGAAGCCCUUAUUGAAAUGGAAGCUGAUGAUGCUGAAGGAGCUGAUAUUCUCUUGGUAAAACCAGGGCUGCCAUAUUUGGAUAUAAUUCGUCUUCUUCGAGAUAAUUCUUCUUUGCCAAUUGCUGCUUACCAGGUUUCUGGUGAAUAUUCAAUGAUCAAAGCUGGUGGUGUUCUUAAAAUGGUGGAUGAAGAAAAGGUGAUGAUGGAGUCACUGUUAUGCCUUAGAAGGGCUGGUGCAGAUAUUAUCCUCACAUACUUUGCUCGUCAGGCAGCCACUGUACUUGCUGGAAUGAAGUAGCUGAACAACCACCUUUUAGCCUCUUGGUAGAGAAGCCUUCAUGUCGGUUUUUUCUUCAAACUUUUUUUUUUUUUUAAAUUCAAUAAUAGUUGUUCAGUCUGCUUUAAUCCUCUUCCAUUUCAGUAUAUAGUUCUUGCAACUCCUUCAUGUUUUAUUCAACUUUGCAUUAGUUAUGAGUUUUAUAUCUUUAAGUUUGUUGAAUUAUUUUAUGAAAUAGUCUACAAUAUUCAAAGUCAUGCACAGUUCCAAAGUGUGUGCCAGCCAUGUCAUCUUUUAGGCUAUUGAAAGCUUCUUUUAUCUGUGCAUCCAAUGGCUUCCUUGGUUCUUUCCUCUAUUCGGUUGAGCACUUGCUGCUGGAAUACUGUAGAUAGUGUUUCUUGGAAGGCUCUGCUGCUGCCGACUUUACAAGAUGCGAGGAGUGGAAGUGAUGAUGAUCUCUUUACAGACCUGCAAAUUGACGUAGUACUGCGCUUAGAUUGGUUAUGACUUGGAAUGUUGAGCAUUAAAAAAGGUCAUUAUUAAUCAAAUUCAAAUGAUAAAAAUAAGACUUUUAAGAUGAGAGAGUGAAAAUGAUGAUGAUGUAUUUUAUGUUAUUCAAAGUGACUUAAGAUUGAAAUUAAUUCAGCUGUAUUGUAUGAAUCUCAAUGUAAAGUAGUGAAAAAUUCA